AUGAUUGUUACAACUGAAAAAGCGCACGCAUUUAGAAACUUGAUAUGCUUGAAGCCCUAAAUAACGUAGUUUCUCGUUACAAGAACGCCAAGCUACAAUCUACUGAGUCUGAAGCAAACCUUUUUAUCUUUAAAGAUCUACAUCAAUUCAAUUCGCUACAUCAUGGGUUAUUGUGGGCGACUGUGUGCAAGAAUCACAUUGGUGAUUGGAAACUCAUUCUUUCUUGUUUUAGGUACUGCUGUUAUGGCCUUAGCUGGUUGGAUCAGAUACAAAAGUGGUGAUUACGACACUGUUUUGGGUUCAAAUGGAAUCCAGACUCCUUCAACGGUGAUUCUCGUUGGAGGCAUUGCGAUUUUCCUUGUGGCAUUUCUAGGAAUAUGUGGGGCAUGCAAAGAAAACAAGUGUUGUCUGCUUCUGUACAUGGCAUUCGUUGGUGUGAUUAUGUUGUUUGAAAUCGGCUGCGUUUCCGUUGCUUUUGCCUUCAAGGGAAAGGCGGAAGAGUAUGUUAAGGAUGCGGUUACGAAAGCAAUUCAAAAAACGUACGGUUUGAAAGGAAAUGGCCCGAUCACAGAAGCAAUCAAUAAUAUACAGAAAGAGAUGAAAUGUUGUGGAGCGUAUAGUGUUAACGACUACAAAAACUCCGACUGGGUUAAGAACAACCAAAGUAACAACCAACAAUUUCCUACUAGCUGCAUUGAUGGGAACAAGAAAAAUCACACAGAAUCUAGCAACCAAACAAUGUCAAGUGAAACUUUCGAAUCGGGAUGCAUUGCAAAGAUGAAGGAAUGGGGAAGCGAACACCUGCUAAUACUUGGUGGUCUUGCUGCUGCGAUUCUUGCUACAGAGAUAUUUCAACUAAUGGCGGCAUUUACUAUCUUCAAGAAAGAGGAGGCCACAAAACCUAUCUAGACAGUCUUACUUGGACAAGUGGCUCAUUAUGAAAUACGUGUCAUAUGAGUGAAGUAUUUUGUCCUUACAGGACGGUUAUUGAAGUGAAGUAGUACGAGUCUUAUUCAAAAAGAUUAGACGCCAGGGGGUGGUGGUUUUCUGCGGGGACAACGGAGCGGGGGGUGCAAGGGGGCAUUCACUCUUGCCCUUUGAUAGAAGGGACAAAGAGGGCGAAAUAACCCUUUGCUCUCGCUCUUUUGUAAUCAUUAAAGAGAUUCAUAUGAAAUCCUGAUGGUUGUUUCCUUUUCAUGACCAAAAUUUCUCAAGACGUGUACAAAAAAUAUUUUCACAGCAGUUAGGAACCCUGCCCUAAACUAGGUAGAGAACCCCUUGGGGGUAUAGACAAAGACACAAUCUAUAUGAAUAGCAAGGUUUAGUAAUGUAGAAGUUUUUAAUUUAGUAAUAGUUAUGCUUUAACUCUUUUAUGUAUUUUUAUCAGUAUUAUACAAAUUGGAAUGUGAAGAUGGACAUUUCUUAGAAAAGGAGUAUUUGUAGAAGCAAUCUAGGGUCGAGCUCCUUGGCUAAAAUGCAUUGAAAUGAUUUUCUUACUAA